AUGGUUGCGGACUGUUUCAAUGAAUAUUUCACGUCAAUAGCUGGAGAAACGCUUAAAGCCAAACACUUCACAGAGAAACUACCCUACCUAUUCAGCUCCUCCAACCAGCUACGGAUUAUGGAUUGGUCUCGUUUCAUCCAACAACUUCUGAUGAGAUCCACCAUCACCGCAGUUGCAGAUAUAGUAGAGCACAUCCUUGACAGCUUAGAAGCGGGGAACACGGUCUGCGCAGCCUUCCUGGAUCUCAGCAAGGCAUUUGAUUGCCUUGACCAUCAGCUUAUCUUAGAAAAACUUCGAACUUUUGGUAUAGUUGGAUCAGCACUCGCCUGGUUUGGAUCCUACCUCUCUGACAGGCAGCAGCUAGUUGAGAUCAAACAUACUGUUAAGGGAACCACUAGUGUAGUGAGAUCGGAGUUGUUGGGUGUAUCUAGAGGAGUGCCCCAGGGACCUCCCCAAAUACAUGACACCUACAGCCACACCGUCAUGUUUGCAGAUGACUCGGUGCUCUUGACCAGCAACAGAGAACUGGAGCCUCUGGAGAUCAGCAACUUUAUCUCUAUCAGUAAAGCCAUGGAAUACUGCGCCAACAAUGACCUGGUUUUCAAUGAAAACAAAACUCAACAGGUAUUCUUUGGCAAAUUUAAAAAUGACAUCACCUGUCCUCCAGACAUUCAGGUUACUGAGUCGACCAAACACCUCGGAAUAAUCCUGGAUCAAGAACUAUGUUGGGGCGCCCACAUCGACUACCUCUGCCAAAGGCUCAGCUCUUCCAUCUUUGCCCUGAGAAGAAUCAACAGUGUUGGAACAGUUGAUGCAACACGAGCAGCAUAUCAUGCACUUGUUGAAUCCCAACUGAGAUACGGGAUAAUUUUCUGGGGAAAUUGUUCAAAGGAAAAACACCCAGCGAGUUUUUGUUCUUCAAAAGCGUGCUGUUAG